CAAAAAGCCACUCCCAGAAGUUCAAACAUGGCAUCAACUUCUUCAUCAAAAAAUCCCUCUUUAGAAUCCAAUAUUAAUUCCUACUAUGAGAAUUGGCUUAUUACACUCCAAAAUUUUCUUGAAAAAUUAAAUGCAAUUUCAAACUCAAAUUAUAAUGACGAUGAUGAAGAAGAAAAUAGCAGUUGCAGUAGUGAAUUGGUGAUGCAAGUUUUGGAUCAUUUCCAAAAUUACUAUAGAGAAAUAUUUAAGUCAACAAAUAGAGAUGUAUUUCUUUUGAUAUCUCCACCAUGGUACACUUCUUUAGAAAAAACAUUUGUUUGGAUGGCUGGUUUUAAACCUUCUACUCUCUUUUCUACUAUUAAUUACUCUAUAGGAAGUGAAUUGACAACAAAGCAAGCAGAAGAUUUGAAGAAGCUUAAAGCAGAGAUUAAAAGAGAAGAAAAGAUAAUUGAGAAAGGAAUGGCGAAGGUACAAGAAAGAGUGGCAGCGCCACCAAUAUUUGAGGUGAUGAGAAGAGGAGGAAUGCUAAUCGACGGGGAAGUGUCCAAUUUAGAAAGUGUAAUUGAUGGAUUUAAACAGUCGAUGAUGUCAAUUAUAGAAACAGCAGAACAUUUACGAGGAUCAACGGUCAGAAAAAUGUUAGAUAUUCUCAGACAAAAUCAAGCCAUUAAAUUGUUGGCGGCAGUUGCUGAAUUUCAUCUACAGGCCAAAAAAUUGGGUUUAGAAAAGGAUAUUCAGAGUGCUAAAACAAUUAAUGAUGAUUUUAUUUAUUGAGAUUAUAUAAAAUAAAAAAGAUAGUCGAGAGUUGGAGAGUUGGUUAGACGAUAAGUAUCCUCCUGAAGUUUUCAGAAAGUGGUUAAAAAGAGAAAAAAGAAUUAUCUGCAAAAAAAGCUCCUGUUUUAACCGCAGUUAUUAUAAUUACUUUAGUUCUAGAAUUUAUGUGUAGGGGAGUUUUAGUUGUUAGAGGUUUAAUAGUUGGUUAAAGUUACUCAAGUAUUAAUAAUACAUAAAUUAGUUAUGUAGAAAUUAAUUAUACGUGCUUUAGUUAUUCAUCAUUCAUGUAUUAGUUAUUUAUAGAUAAUUUAUUUCACUUUUUAUUCUGCAUAAA